AUGUAUUAUAAAUUUUCUGGGUGCGACCCCAUGGUAUAAAUGUUUUGGGUCCGCCCCUGUCCUCUCCUUUCCAUAUCUCUUCUUCUUGAAUUGGCAAAAGAAUGAAGGGUCAUUAUUGUUUAGCUUUGGCGGCGGCGUUUCUCAUCGUGGCGGUUGCAGCGGCAAGGGGUGCACUGGCGGCCGCCACGGACAGGCAGAACGACCUGACUCUCCGGCUGCAAAGGGCCGCCGCCGCGAAGAGGGCCAUCUCCGACAUCACCCACCCGUAUGUCGCGAGGAGAAUGCCGAAUUACGGCUCACCUCGCGGCAUCCCCCCGUUCGCGGUUCCCAACUCCGACACCACCAUGGGGGGCAUCGACUUCACCCUCAACACCCACUGGGGCACCCACGCCGAUGCUCCCGGCCACUUCAACCAGACGCUACUUGACCAGGGAUACGAUGUCAACCGUCUCAAUCUCACCACCUUAAACGGCCCUUGUUGGGUGGUGGACACUCCUCGAGACCAGAACAUCACCGAUGAGGUGAUGAAGCGGUUGAACAUACCCCGAGGAGUGACCCGAGUCCUCUUCAGGACGCUCAACACCGACAGGAGGUUGAUGAGCCAACCCACUUUCGAUUCGAGCUACACCGCCUUCACCACGGACGGAGCUCGCUACCUCGUCUCCCACACCGACAUAAAACUUGUUGGGAUUGACUACCUCUCUAUGGGUAUUGGGGAGUGGGAGGAGGUGAAAGGGGUCCACCUCACCUUUUUGAACGCCAAGGACAUAAUCCUGGUGGAGGGUUUGAACCUGGACCAUGUAGCCCCAGGGACGGCGUACACCGUCAACUGUCUGCCGUUAAGCUUGCCGAAGUUUGACGGGUCGCCGGUGCGGUGUAUGUUGACCACCAACGACUCCUCAUCCAGGCCUUCAGUGUCUCCCUAGGCCUUUUUCUCUUUUCAUUUUUUUUAUUCUAGUUUAAUUAAUUAUAAUGUAAAUGUGAAAUUGCAUUCCUUAAUUAGUCAUUAAUUUAAAAUUGCUGGUACUAUUUCUACUGGGGAACAUUGAUUCUUUCGUAUUGUCUCUCUGUCUCUAUUACGGAGUGUUAUUUUCGUUUUGGUGCCAUAAAUGAUUUAAUUUACU